AUGAAACGCAACGAUCUCGGUUUCGACGUUCAUAUUAUAGUUGUGAACAAAUGCGAACUCUAUUACAUGCAAUGCCAUGACAAUGUGGAAGCUAAAAUCGUCCCUAUGAAGUUUUGCAGCCACAGACACGGGCAGAAUAGCAAGAAAAUUUUGAAAGAUAAAUCACAUUUACGUGUGAAAAGGAAAGCCAAUGAUAAAGCCAUGGAAAAGGUGAAAAUGAAACACAAGAAGGCCUCAACUAAAACGGAAAUGAUGUCAAAAAAGUCGAUGAGCGGGAAGAAAAAAAAACUUAUAAACAUUGAUAAGAAUACGGAUAAAAACAUGAAAACACAUUUAAAACUUUGGGCUCCGCGUAUUCAUCAGCUGACAUGGAAGAUGAUCGAGAAAGAAGAGACAUAAAUGACGGAAAUGCAGGCCAUGAAAUAGACUCAGAUGACUGGGUUACUACUCCAGGUACUUAUGUAUAUCUAGCUGUUGCCCGCGACUUCGUCCGCGUAGAUUAA